ACACAUUUUCUUCUUGAUAUUUAGAUUUUCUUUGUAACGUGGGAUCUUUAGUAAACACUUCCGACGUACAGACCGAUCCAUCUUUUACUGUAGGAAUAUAUGGACAAUCGUGUUCAUUAUUUAAUUCAGAAGACGUAUUUUCUAGCAAUACUAUCUCGUUUAAAUCAUCAUCACCCGUUAGUUUAUCCAUAAUUGACUGAAGAUGGAUUCCUUUUGAAAAACAAGCACACAAGCGUCACCUAUACACAGUACAAAAAUCGAAGCAACUAAAUAAAUAAUGUAGAAAUUAAUUUGGAAAUUAAACGUUGGAAUACCGCGAGGCACGAGAUGAUAACGGUAAUACAAAUAAAAAGGGCGGAAAGGAAAGAACCGUGUAUUUACCCAAGUAGGUAUGGUUAACGUAUAAAAUUAUAGAACUGUAAAAUAGAGUGUAUAUGUCAAAUAUAUAAAUACAACAUAAUAUAUGGAUAAAAAAUUCGAAUUCUUGAAAGAUCACAACAAGUUGAACAAUCACCUGAUGGAGUCAAUUUUGUAGAGAACUAUGCAUAUCGCGAUAUAUCGAAUAUCAUCGUAAUGUUGAACAAUUUGUAAAGUACUUUGGAAAGUGUCAUAAAAUACGAUCAUAAAAUGAAUAUUUAGUUGUAAUAAUGAGGCGUGGAAUAUGGGUAUUUCGAUGAACAGCAUAAAUAUCAAUUGAAAUUGGGAAAGAAAAAUUAAUAAGUGAAUUUUGACGUUUGAACGGAAAUUGUACACAUAUGUUUCCGCCGUAACAUUUGCGGAAUGGUACAUGCGCAGUUUGUACGGCCUGAAUAUGUCGGCUGGGUGAAGUAUGCUAAAUGUUAUCAUGAUCAAAAGUAUUUCCUUUGGUUAAGUGUCUCGGUAUUAAGUUGUUGCGAAAAUUGUUGCAAUUUUUCAAAGCUGGAUCACAAAGGUACAAUUCAUAUGAUUGCUACAAGAAUUUGAAUGUACAAUAUUGUUCGUUCGGAAAUUAAGUAGUAGAAGAGGCCUUAUGUCAAGACGGUUCGGUAUCGAGAGAACCGACGACGUAUGCCAAUAUGAAGAAACUUUUUUCAAAAAUAGACAACACAUCGAAAGAACCAAACAGUUAUUUAGGAAAAGUCUUUGUGGUAGGACGUUACACGGUAACUGUCGAGGAUGUUUUAGCGGAAGGAGGAUUUGCUAUUGUAUUUCUGGUUAAAUCUUCGAGUGGACGUUACGCUCUUAAGCGUAUGUAUGUUAACAAUGAACAAGAUCUCAAUGUUUGCAAGAGAGAGAUACAAAUUGCUAGUAAUUUAAAUGGUCAUAAAAACAUCAUAGGAUAUGUGGAUAGCAGUAUAACUCACAUAGGUGGCGGAGUACAUGAACUUUUGCUGUUAAUGCCUUAUUGCAAGUCUCAAGUUCUGCAAAUGAUGAAUAACAGGUUACAAACGGGUUUUACCGAGUCCGAAGUUUUACAAAUAUUCUGUGAUGUUUGUGAAGCAGUCUCUAGAUUACAUCAUUGUCAAACUCCAAUAAUACAUAGAGAUCUGAAGGUGGAAAAUAUAUUGUAUUCUGAUGGUGGUCAUUACGUUUUAUGCGACUUUGGUUCGGCAACAGCGAAAGUUCUUAACCCCAGUGUCCAGGGUGCCACUGUGGUUGAAGAAGAGAUUAAGAAGUAUACAACUCUUAGUUAUAGAGCACCAGAAAUGGUUGAUAUGUACUCUGGAAAAUCAAUUACAACCAAAGCAGACAUAUGGGCGUUGGGAUGUUUGUUGUAUAAACUGUGUUUCUUUGCAUUGCCAUUUGGAGAAAGUAUGCUUGCUAUACAGUCAGGAAAUUUCACUAUACCUGACAAUUCUCGAUAUAGUAGAAGCCUUCAUUGUCUGAUUCGUUAUAUGCUUGAGCCGGAUCCUGAUAGCCGCCCUGACAUUUAUCAAGUUUCUGUGAUUGCUUUUCAAAUCCAGGGCAAGGAAUGCCCUGUACAGAAUUUACACAAAGUAUCGGCUCCGGUAUUGGAAUCGUUACCCUGUCCAUGCAUGGAAUCUGAGAAUGUAAAAAGAUCGUCGCUUGUGAAAACUCCAAAACCGUCUCCCGUAACUACCGUUGAAGGUACUUCGGUUACUCCACGGCAACGUCCAAAGGGACAGGUCGUGUCGAGAGACACUUCGGAGAAAGGGCAAUAUUACUUUGACUCAAAAACUGUAAGCAACGUAGACGAAGAAAAUUUAGAAGCACUUUUUCCACCAUCGGGAUAUCCAGAUCCGUUCAAAGACGAUAAUCGAACUAUGCCCCCACCUGCGAAGAUACCUCCUCCCGUAGCUCCGAAGCCUGUCAAAGCGCUUUCGAAAGCAGUAUCAUCCAAUAUUUCUACUACCACUAGUUGUCCGCCUUCCAAGUUUUCACCUGUUACCACGUUGGCGUCAAAGUUGAGCAUUCCGGUGGGAGCCGGUAUAGUGACUGCUACACAACCACCUAUAUCGAAACCAGUGAAUAAGAUGGAAAGUUUGAGUCAAAAUAUAAGCUUGAGUAGUUCUCCACCUGACAGCCCAACAACAUUAUCUUCCGUACGCCACAGGAGAAAUGUUAGUGACACAAGUGCUUUCAACAAAGCAUUUGCAAACGAAACAACGCAGUUUUUGGCACCAUACGAAGCGUCGGUAAAGUCACGUUCGGAGGACGAUACAUCUCCGGAAGUUGUAACCGAUAUAAGGCCUUGUUUAGGAACUAGUGCUUCGCAUGUACGUAUUGGUGAACUUUCGAGUAUAAUAACCACAGAGGGAAGAUCGUUGAGCGCCGAUGUUGCAGCCUGGAAUCCUUUUGAAGAUGUACAGCCAUUCGAUCAAUUAACGGCGGAAGAUCACAUUUUCGGUGCAGAGUUUGAUAAAAUUCGAAGAGGCAGUAAUACAAGUAUCAGUGGAGUUAAGAGUCGCGAAAGCCUCGUUAUGACGUGUACCGAACUACCGGAUGACCCAUUCGAGUCCGCACCUUUCAGUCUGCCAAGAGGAAAGAAGAACAAGAUUGGAUCAAAGACUGUCGCUCUUGCUGGAGGCAUAUCUAUAAAUGGUAGAUCAAGAAUACCCUCUAAUCAAUGGAAUUCGAGAAUCGAGUGCGUUAAAGCCGACGAGAGAACAACCCUCUUGAUAAACAACGGUCCUACCUCUUCAUUGUUUGUUCAAGCACCUAUGGAAGAUAGAUCCAAGUAUGAAAAGUUGACUUUUAGCGUCGAUGAUUUAUCCAGUGAUAGCGACAAAGAUGUAACGCAGCAACAACAAGUCAAACAAAAAAGAAGGAGAGUUAAGAAUGUAUUACGCAGGAAGAUGAAAAUGCCGCAAAGUACGAACAAUUCGAUCGAACAAAACGACCAACUAAAUUACUCAAUAGAUUCGAUUCGUGUCAAUGCCAAUGACAAUAUCAACAUAAAUGGUUUGCACAACAACCCAGUUGGGAAUAGCGCUAACGUGGACGUUAACGUGGAUCGAAAGGGUAAGGGAAGAACGGGAAAGAGAAGGGAGGAAAAGGAGGAGAACGAAGACGAAGAAGAUAGCAGGGAAGAGGAAGAGGAUGAGGAAGAGAAGAUGGAGGAGAACGAGGAGAAACAGGAAGAGGCGGACAAGCAGGAGGACGAUGGAGAGGCGGUGGGGGUGCUGAUGGGCCCGGAGAGAGGGAAAGAAGUAGACAACGAUCAGGAGAAGAGAAAGGAGGAGACUGAGCUGCUGGCGGUUCGUGCGGAUGUGGAUGCGAAGAAGCUGGAGCUUGAGCUCGAGGUCGAGGCGGAACUGGAGGAACGAGGCAAUGACAAUGACGAUAGUGCAGCUAACAACAACUACUAUUCAAUGGCUCGCGAUGUAUACGAACCAGCCGCCGGCACGCUACGCGAGAUGCAUUGCAAGAGAAACAUGUCUAAGAAAGAACUUGUAGGGCAUUUAUCGAGACGAAUCCACGUGGACCCGAUUGUUGGACAUCAAUACGGAGAGAAGCCUCUGUUGUUGGACGAUGAACUUGAUACAGAAUCAACAUCGAAACGAUCGUACGGCGAUCCAUUCGUCGAUCAACAGUACGAUUCGAGACCCGUGUCUUCCGAUGACGACAGCUCGACGAACGAAACCAAGAAGACGAUGCUUUCAAAGGAUAGAUUGAUCAAAAUGAAGAAAGACGUAUUUUCUUUAGCUCCGUUUCGGAAGUCUAGCAGUUUAAAAAAGAACGAUAGUGGCGAAGAGAAUGAGACGAUGAACAUCAGCAGUGAUAACUUGAUCGACACUAUGGUAGCUAUCGAAAACAAGUCGUUACCCGAAUACAAUUCGUUUCGGCAGGUGUACAAAGAAACUUGCAUAGAAAAGCAACGACCUUUACCGUUUCGAGUAACGAUGAAUAUCGAUGGAAUCGUUGGAGAAGGCGAAGAGAAAAGGUCUAAGGAAGGAACAGAAAAAAAUGAAAGGAGAAAGCAACAAGAAAAGGAGCUGGAUGAAGAGAAAGAGAAAGAGAAAGGAAAAGAGAAAGAGAAGGAGAAGGAGAAGGAGAAAGAAAGCAAAGAAAAAGAUUUGUUCGGCUCUUCGCCGUUUAGUCCGUGCGAUUUUGUGAAUCCUUUUAUGCAUCGAGCAGUUUCGAAUUAUGCUGUAGGGAACGAAUCGGAUGUGUUGAUUAGAAAAUUGGGGAUCAGAAAUUUAUUGUACGAUAACCACAAUCGCAUAUCUUCUUGCCCGAAUCAAUUGGAGACAGUUUCAUACGUCCACCCUCCGGAAGAAGCUGUUUCGGUGAUAAGAAAUUCAAAUUUUUCUGCCGCGACGGACGAUUACGAUCAUUCGAAAGAUCUUUUCGGGUCUAUUCCGUUCGACGAAUUUGCGUCCCUUCGAACUGACCAACAACAACAGCAGUCGGAACUGCAAACGCAGCAGCAGCAGCAGCAGCAACAACAACAACCGCAGAGAGCAUACUCUCAGCAGUUACCUUCCAAGCUGACAAGUUUUGUCGAAGGUACUUUAAACAUAAUACGAUCCGACAAGGCAAUAACGUCAAACGUUUCUCGAUCAGCAUCUGCUUCGUUGGAUCCGUCGUACGCCAUUCAGCCCGUCCAACGCUCUUCCCGAAUUAACGUUCCUCUCGCAAACAGUGUAUCGAGACUCGAUAGUGCGCAGGAUAUCAUGGUUUCACCCAUGUCGCCCGAACCGUUGGUUGUCGCAGAGGACGCGCCGAAACACAAAAAGGAUAAGUUUAAAUCGGAAAAAUCAAAAUAUCAGCUGAUCGACGAAAAUCAUGGAGACGUCGUGAAUGUUCUACCAGCGAGUUUGUUAUCGUACAAGGGUAAGUCUGCGUGUCACAAAAAGACCGCAAAGACAAAGAAAUGUUCCGUUGUCGUUACCGCUGGGUUCAACAAUCUCAGCUUCGAAGAUUUUCCGAGCGAUGAAAACGAAGAGAAGCGAAUCGGAACUCCACAGAGAAUCACGCCUUUCGAAGUAGUUCGAGAACCGGAGAAACGAUUUGGAUCGUUAAAAAGGCGAAGCAAUCCAUUCACUUGAGGCACGAAGAUGUCCAUCGGGAAAAAGUUACCACGAGGAAAUUUCUCAGACGAACGUGUAUCGAAAAGUGAUAUGUUUUAAACGUACAAAUGCAUCGAUUCUAGAAGACGUAGCAAAGUGAAGGAACUUGAGAGGAGGAAUCCAAUUGUUCUGUUUUCUAUUUUCUGUUUGCCGGUCAUAAUUUUCACAAUUUUUGCAAUUUUAAAACAUCUCCGAUAGAAAGCUUUCCAUUGGUACACACAUUUAUAGCGACAAAGGGAUCUGGCGAUUUACAUUUGUUUUCGUAGCUGCGGAUUUUCAUUCGUUUGUAAGUAUUUGUAACUUUGUAAAUUUCUACUGCCACAAUCCAUCCUGUGCUAUUAGAGAGAACGAAAACAAACAAGAAAGUAUAAUGAUAAGUACGCCGCGUAAUUUCAGUUUGUUGCUUGUGAAUUACAGGUGCAAGAGUAAAAGAUUUGUUUGCCUAAACACUUGUUACACGAUAUCGUAGAACGGUAAGAAUAUCCUGUGCGCGUUUCUUGAAACCGUAACAACGCGGUAUACGAGUUCAGAGAUAGUUUCCGCAAUCUGGCAGAAACUAAGCCGAUUCAUGGUUUCUUUUCAACAGCAGAAAUACAAAUGUUUCUGUUUUGGAAAUUUCCCGUUGCAGAAACUUGAAACUUGAAACUUUCGCGGCCCGAUGUCGUGUAGUUUUCAUUGUUGAAACCUCCAGAUGUACAAGCGAUGGCGUAAUUUUCAUCUAUAAGAAACUGUUGAUUUAUACAAUUAUUUUGUGCAAUUGACCUGUAAAGAAAAAUACAAGAGGAAAAAGAGGAAUAAGAGGAAUAAGAGAAAAUGAGACAAUGUGGCAAGUGUAUCCUCGUAUACGGGAACGUGUGUGCGUGUCGGUGUGCGUCGGUGUGUGUACGUGUUUGUACGUGCGUGUUUUCUCAAGUAAUUAAUAAACGUAAACCACGUGUGCGUGAAUGUACGCAAGCGGUACUCGAUAGUAUACGAUACGUACAUAUCUACUUAUUCGACGUGUACAUAUAGUAGCUAAUAUAUGCGUAAUUUUAGGUGCCUUUCUUCGUCGAGUAGUAUUUCAAGCUUAAACUCUGUCCUAUCGCGUAGCACAAGUACGUUGAAAUACUGCUGUUGUAGGAUAAACAGAGUCAAUUCUAUUUCACGCUAUAGUUAUCGGAGUAAUGAUUCUAUUCGAGUUUCAGUUCCUACGCUUAGAUACGUGUGAGUGCGUGUGCGUGUGCGUGUGCGUGUGCGUGUGCGUUGUGUAAAGUACGCGACAAACGUGUCAAUGUUGCGGAAUAUGCGUUUAAAUAGAUGGUACAGAGAAAAGAGAAAAGAGAAAAGAGAAAAGAGAAAAGGAGAAUGGGAAUAGUCGGAAGCUCCAAUUUGAAAUCAGCCUGGCAACGAUCGGCUGACGCGUUGUCAAGAUUUGUACAUUUGUUAGCUCAGUAUUGUUAGGGUAAAAGUUUGGUGCUCUGGGUAGGUUUAGAAAAAAGGUACGUUACGCAAUGAUAUGCUGGGACAAUAGUAUAGUAACAAUUAUACAAUACAUUCCUUAUUGUUCGCACGUUAAUACAUGUUAUGUACAUGUUUAUGCGUACGUGUACGUGUACGUGUACGUGUACGUGUACGUGUACGUGUAUGUUAUGUAUAUGUAUGCGCACGCUACAAUAAUAUGCGGAUACGCUGAUACGCUGAUACGCUGGUACGCUGAUACGCUGAUACGCUGAUACGUUAAUAUAGGUGUAAUUUAAACAAUGCAAACAGGCUAGUUUUUUUCCAACCCUUCACAUUACAAUGGGUCUCUUGUCAACUUGGCGUCACAGUUUCGAACGCGGAGCGUGUGCCGAGACUCGAUCGCGACAGUGUCGAGAGAGGAUUGUUCGACAAUGUCAUGGAAGAAAAUGCAACAGAUAGAAACGAGUGAUUCUACGGGACAGGAUAUUUCGAGGAAUCGUGACAACGAGUAGCGUUGAUCCAGUUGAUGGAGCGUAACAAGGGAAGAGCAAGAAAGAAAGUAUAUCGAAUUGGUACAGAUGAAAAUGGAAAACAACCAGUCGAA